AUGGCACGACAGGAAGGCAAUUUCAAUGAUGCUGAACGUGGAAUACCAGCCCUGUGGGCUGCUGUCCAAACACAAAACCAAAGAUUCGAAGGGAUCGAAAAAUUGCUGCAAGAGAUUCAACGAACUAUUGCUAAUGUUAAUGUUGGAGGCAAUGGAAACCAUGUAAACAGAAGAGAUCAGGAGGAAGAGAACCUGAACCAACCAAGAGGAAACAACAAUCUCAUGCGUCGACAGCGGAAUCAAGCAAUAGAUGAUUCUUCUAGCGAUGAGGAGCACUCGAACUUUCUUCCGAGACCACCAAGAAAACCCAUCUACUUUUCUUGCCGUUCGAGUGGAAUCAACAGCUUCAACGAUAAAAAAUGGAGGACAAAAUUAAUCCGAGGCCAAAUACUUCUGAAAAAUCUCAGUACAUGGGGAAUUGGAGGCCCUUGUAAAUACUUUGUUCAAGUCUUCGAACAAACCCAACUUAUUUCCGCCAUCAGGUACUGUAAUGAGCAUUCUAUAAGAUUUAUGAUCAUUGGUAAAGGGUCAAACUGUCUAUUUGAUGACGUGGGUUUUGAUGGUUGUAUUGUUCUCAACUGCAUCGAGUCGUUGGAGACGAUUGAACCUGGUUUAUACAGAGUGGGAAGUGGUUAUCCAUUUAAUCGUCUAGGGAUGCAGUGUGCAACUGAAGGAUUUACGGGGCUCGAAUUUGCAGGAGGAAUUCCAGGAACGGUUGGUGGUGCUGCUUAUAUGAAUGCUGGAGCAAAUGGGCAGGAAACUGCUGAUUCUAUUGAUUGCGUCGAGAUUAUCACAUCUGAAGGAGAACAUCAGAUGCUGAAAAAAAGUGACCUCGCCUUUGGCUACCGAUCAUCGCCAUUUCAAAAUAUGGAAGACUUUGCAGCUAUCACUGCUGUAACAUUCCGACUAGAGUUCUCGGAAUCAGCAAGAAGACAGCAGCAAGAAGACUUGAAAAGAAGGAAAUUUACUCAGCCAGUUGGGGAGAGUAUGGAAACCGCUGAUUCUAUUGAUUGCGUCGAGAUUAUCACAUCUGAAGGAGAACAUCAGAUGCUGAAAAAAAGUGACCUCGCCUUUGGCUACCGAUCAUCGCCAUUUCAAAAUAUGGAAGACUUUGCAGCCAUCACUGCUGUAACAUUCCGACUAGAGUUCUCGGAAUCAGCAAGAAGACAGCAGCAAGAAUACUUGAAAAGAAGGCAAUUUACUCAGCCAGUUGGGGAGAUUUGGGAGAGAAGUGCUGGUUCAGUGUUUCGAAACCCUUCGGACUCAAAGAUUUCGGCUGCAGAAUUUAUUGAGAGAGCAGGAUUAAAGGGGUAUAGAAUUGGAGGAGCCAUGGUAUCAAAGAAGCAUGCUAAUUUCUUCAUAAAUUGUGGUGGUGCAACUUCUCAAGAAAUGCUUGAGCUUAUUAGGUUGGUAAAGGGGACAGUUUUUGAGGGAUUUGGUGUAGAACUCAAGGAAGAAAUCUUGUAUGUGCCAUUUUGUAAAGAUAAAAUUCCAAAUAGAGAUAGUAAAACCAGUUUUGAGAAAUGA